AUGGUCGUCCAACUCUCCUACCGCAAAUCCCUACGCUGGAUACCCGGCGAACCUUCAGAACCAACCUCCACCCUGGUUCUCGACGUCGGAAACUACUUCGUCGAUCUCCGUAUGCUCAAAGCCGAUUCAAGCAUCGAUUGGGCCAUGGCCGGCAAACGCACAAUCCUCUCCUCAUCACCUCUAAAAUGCCAAUGGAGCAAAGAAAUCUGUUCCCAAAACACCGAAGCCCACGAUGACAUUGGAGAAUUUGAGGACUUGCCUAAUGGAGAUGCGUUGGAGAAGGGCAGUAUGCCUAAUCCUGAUAACAAUGAUGAAGUUCAGGCAUAUGAGGAGGUGUGGGGCAGUAUUGAGGUGAAAGCCUCAGAUCAGCCGGCGUGGAUCUUGAGGAGUAAGGAUGAGAGUGGGAUUACGUAUGUUGGCAAGGUUGGAGAUUGGUUUCAGGUAUUGAGGAAGAAGGAGGAUGGGAAUUUCUCUGUGUUGAGAGAGCAGAGAGUGGAAGGCAGGUGGGUCAAGAGGCUGGCAACAAGAUAA